AUGUCUCACCUCAGCGCCGCGUACGCGCCGUCGUCGGUGCGCACGAGCCGAAAGAUUACUCUGAACAAGCCACCCAAGGCGACGUCACAAAAACAAAUUCGAUCCGUCGUCGUGAAAGCGUCCACGGGCGAUGCAGGCGAGCAAACGGGCGCGAGCAGACGCGCAAUGUUGGCGUCGAUCGUCACCGUCGGUUCGUUCGGCGCGAGCGCGAUGAAGGGCGCGAGCGCGGACGUCGGGGAAUACUUCUCCAACCUGUUGGUGGAGAAACCGCCGCCGCCGCGACGGGAGAUUAUGCUCCCGGAACUCGAGGUCGAGGCGCUGACUCGGGAGGAGGGAUACCGAGGGACCACGGGGGCGAAUAAAUCCAAGGCGCAGAUCGAGUUCGCGCAGUUCAUCGCGCCGAUCAUUGAACAAAACAUCGACUUGGAUUUCGGCUCAUACUUUCGACUGGCGUUGGCAGAUUUGGGAACGUACUCUGUCGUCGGGAAGAAGAACGGUCUGAACGGGAGCAUUCGAUUCGAGUUGGACCGACCGGAAAACAAGGGCCUGAAGCGAGCGUUCGAAUCCAUCGAGAAGAUUAAGAAGGCUGUGGACGCGAAGACGACGCAACCCAUCACGUACGCCGACUUGAUUGCCAUCGUGCCGCACUUCGCCGCUCGAAGGCAGUUCCGUAAGGAUUACGUCGAAGAGGUUGGCGACGAUAAGGAUUAUGAAUUCUUGUUCAUCGGUACCAACCCGUUUUUGGGGGCGAAGAUUCGCAUCGGUCGUCGCGACGCUGAGACGGCGGAUCCAGAAGGCUUAAUCCCGCUCGAGAACGGCACCGUCGACGACUUCCUCGCCUGGUUCAAGCGCAUGGGUCUCGGCCCGAACGAGCUCGCUGCGCUCGCACCGUACCUGUACGAAGAUCCCCAAAAGGGUAUCGAUAUUGUCUCUCAAAACGGCACGUGCGCGCGCUUGCUCGAUGUGUACGAGACGCAGCGUAUUUUGGGCAAGCGCGCCCCGGGCCCAGCCGUGACCAUCAUUAAGAAUCUCAAGCAAAUGACGGAUCAGUGCAUCGUUGGUGGUCCAUUGAGCGUCGCUCCGGCGCAGCUUGAUCCGCUGUACGUUGAUUACUACUUCAUUAAGGGUGGCGGCGAGAUCCCGCGUGUGUCCGCGGCUGGCGCCUACCCGGGCUCGGUCUACGACAGCGGCUCCAAGCUCGCGAUGCAGCUCCGCCAGGCGCAGGCCGAACAGCGCGCGCAAGCCGCCGCCGAGAAAUAA